GGCAUCCUGACCUAUUUCCCCAACCCUCGUCAAUGUUAACGCGGUUUUCCAGACUCGCAGGAAGACCUGACUGCACCUUCCCAUGCAUCUAACCUUGCCUCUUUACAUGCCCAGAAUUCCCAAUCACAGCCUGUACACCUUACCAAGACCUCUGCAUCUCCCAACAUUUGCCAUCUAUAUACCAGCCCUUCGCCAAACUUGAAAAGGAGAGUCAAGAUGGUGGCCUUUGACGAUAUAAUCACCUAUCCUAAUGGUGAUCGAACUCUCAGGAGUUUUCACCGUGAUCAAGAAUUCGGGUUGGAACGAAUGAGGAUGGGGCGCCAAUCAAGCAAGCGGCCACGACCCGAGGAUGACUAUACAGAGGAUGGUGGCUCAGAUGAUUCAGAUACUUAUCACACUACUAAGAAAGGUGCUCGAGCUCUAGAAAGGCCUUCACUCCGUCGAUCCACCAGACACGAGUAUGAGUCGGAUGAUUCAGAUAUUGAAGAUGACCUUCGGAAGCAUUCGCGAACCGCCAUCGGAGUCCCAGUCCGCCGCUCCACCAGGCAGACGGUUUCCCGACAACAGUCUAUUGAUGACGAGCCGGACUUCCGCAAUGAUCAAGAAUUGCAGGGGUUUCAGCUUUCUGAUGAAGAGGAUGACAAGCCCAAGACAGGCGUCGGCUCCAAUCGACGGACGACUAGACCCAAGAGAGUAGCUUUCCCAACUUAUACUGCUCCCGGUUAUUCUGAAGAUGAGUUGGCCAACGUCAAUAGCUCCGAUGAUGGCUGUGCCUUCGUCCCGGUAAUAUCAGAUUUGGCGCCCACUAAUACCAGAAAUUCGGCCCGGAAGAGAAAGGGUCGAGUUAGUUACAGCAGCCAAUCUCGUAACAACAACAAUGACAGAGAAUCGUCGAUUGAGUUUGAGGAGACGCCCAAUCGAAGAUCGGGAAGAUCAAACAGGAACACUAAGAGCAUGAAAGUGCCUGACGAGCAAGAUGAGUAUGAGAUUAUCGAGAAGGAACUUUCUGCUCCCAAGCACGUUUCUGUUAAGGAAAUCUUUCAGUCGCUUCCUGAUGAUUCGAAAUUUGAGAGUUUCCAUUCGACAACAUGCGACACAUGCCAGGGUGCCGCCAAUGCUGGCAAAGGUCCGUUCAUCUACUGCCAGGGAUGCUCCUAUUCGUUCCACAGAGUCUGUCUCGGCCUCAGAUCCUCCAGGGACCACAGAGUCACCAAGGUCGGGCCGGACAGCUUCGUUCUUCAAUGCCGGAUUUGUAUCGGCAUGUAUCAGAAGAAAGACGAAAAUGCGCCAAACCAUGCUAUGUGUCAAUCAUGCAAAAAGGAUGGCUUGUCCUGUGCCGAAUUUUCCACUAAGAAGACUCCCAAACAGGAAGAGAAGUUGCGAUUGGACAACGGAGGGGAAGAUCCCAUCACCGAGGUCAAUCCCAAUCUCAUCAACAAUACCCAAACCCUUCUAUUUCGCUGUGCGGCUUGUAAACGAGGUUUUCAUUUCGAGCAUUUGCCGCCGCUGAUGGAACAUGACGUAAUCUCCAACGAUGUCCGCACUGAGCGGCUCAAAGAGUACUCUGCGAUCGACUGGCGGUGCAAAGAUUGCUACGGUGCGCCUCAAAAGAUACACGCGCUGGUCGCUUGGCGACCGAUUGACCAGGAAGCAUAUGGCAACGGAUACACCUGUGCCGAGGUUCCCGAGGACGAGAAGCAAUACUUGGUGAAAUGGGAGGGUCGUUCCCACUUCCACGACAUCUGGAUGCCUGGCGGCUGGGUUUUCGGUGCUGCCGCAAGUGCCAUGCGCACAUCCUUUUACAAGCGCGAAUCGGCCAUGCUUCCCAAGAUGGACACAAAAGAUGCUGUUGAUGAGGAAUGGCUGCUUCCUGACGUGCUCUUGAAAGUUAAAUACCGACAUGCCACGAAUAGAUAUCUUACCAGGAACCAGGAUUUGGCACGCAUAUCGGAUGUCAAGGAAGUCUUUGUCAAGUUCGUGGGACUGAGCUACCUCGAAACCGUCUGGGAUUCUCCUCCACAUCGAGGCUCCGGAGCCCCCUGGGACGCCUUCUGCGCAGCAUACGAAGAGUAUGUCAACGGCGUGCAUUUUCCUUCUAUUUCGGGUAGAAAGAUGGAGGAGCGGAUUCAACAGUACCGCGAUCUCGACUUCGCAACGGAAUGCGAACUCGAGACACAACCGCCCGGGUUGAAACGUGGAAAGUUAAUGGAGUACCAAAUGGAAGGCUUGAACUGGCUGCUCUACAACUUUCAUUCUAAACAUAGCGUCAUCCUGGCAGAUGAGAUGGGCCUUGGCAAGACUGUGCAGGUUGUGGCUUUCAUCAGCGCCCUCGUCCAGGACAAGCCCAACUGCUGGCCUUUUCUGAUCGUUGUACCGAAUUCAACUUGUCCUAAUUGGCGGCGAGAGUUGAAGCACUGGGCACCCGAGUUGCGCGUCGUCGCUUAUCACGGCGGAAAAGGAGCUCAAGACCUCGUCUUCAGAAAUGAACUGUUCCCGGAUGGAGUCAAGGACGGCAUGAAAGCACAUGCUGUCAUCAUGUCGUAUGAGGCCGCCGUGGAUGCCAAGGCUACUUUCCGUUCUGUGAAGUGGGCGGGCCUCAUCGUCGACGAGGGCCAGCGGCUAAAAAAUGAGCGUAGUCUAUUGUAUCUGGCCCUUCAGGACAUGAACGUUCCCUUCAGGCUUCUACUGACCGGAACUCCCCUCCAAAACAACAAGCGCGAGCUAUUCAAUUUGAUGCAGUUCAUCGAUGAGAAUCUCAGUGCUGAAAAGCUUGACGAGAAAUACCAGGAUCUGACAAAGGACAAGAUCGCCGAAUUACAUAAACUUAUUCGGCCUUACUUCCUGCGAAGAACCAAAGCCCAAGUCCUGAAAUUUUUACCUCCUAUGGCACAAAUUAUCAUUCCUCUGACCAUGACGGUUCUCCAACAGAAGCUUUCGAAGUCCAUCAUGGCACGCAACCCUGACCUCAUCAGAGCUAUCAUGUCGAAAAGCAAAGUCAAACAGGGCGAACGGAAGAGCUUGACUAAUAUUCUUAUGGAGCUGCGACAGGUGCUUUGCCAUCCUUUCCUCUUCAACCAGGACGUCGAGGACAGGUUUGUUACGGAUCCCGUCAAGGUUCAACAGAACCUCGUCGAGGCAUCUGGAAAGCUCCUGCUCUUGAACAUUAUGCUUCCGAAAUUGGCGGCGAAGGGACAUCGUGUCCUGAUAUUCUCUCAGUUUCUGCACAGUCUCACCAUCAUUGAGGAUUUUCUGACAGCACUUGGGCUCGAACACGCUCGAAUCGAUGGUUCGAUGUCGGCGCUUGAGAAACAGAAACGAAUCGAUGCAUAUAAUGCCCCAGACUCGCCACUUUUUGCAAUGCUCCUAUCAACUCGUGCGGGUGGUGUCGGAAUCAACCUUGCCACCGCCGAUACAGUUAUUAUCUAUGAUCCUGAUUUUAACCCCCAUCAAGAUAUCCAGGCACUGUCGCGUGCGCACCGCAUUGGUCAAAAGGACAAGGUUCUCUGUUUUCAACUAAUGACCAAGGACACUGUCGAGGAAAAGAUCAUGCAGAUUGGCCGUAAAAAAAUGGCUCUUGAUCACGCGUUGAUCGAGUCUAUGGAUGCCGAGGACGACAUAGGCGAAAGCCUUGAAUCAAUUCUCAAGCACGGAGCCGAAACCUUGUUUACUGACACAUCGAAGAACAACAUCAUAUAUGAUGAAGCAUCGGUCGAAAAGCUUAUCGACCGCAGCCAGAUGGAAAGCACUGACACGGGUGAUGAUGAGUCGGCGGAAUCCCAGUUCUCAUUCGCUCGAGUGUGGGCAAACGACAGCGGUACACUUAAGGCCAACGUUGAUGACGAAGUAGAUAACAGUGACGACGAAAAGCCCCGUCAGAUAGACGCCAACACAUGGGAGAAUAUCCUCAAACAUCGUGAGGAGGAGCACCAACGUGAGCUUGCCCUCAAGCAGCAAGAGUACGGCCGUGGUGCUCGCCGGCGUGGAACUCAGAGUGUACACUACGAUCGCCCUCGAGGACAGGAUAGUGACCGAUCUGAUGACGAUAUUGAGGGAGACGAACUCUAUAUCGAUGCCAACGACGUUGAGAGUGAAAAGGAGGAUGAUGCAGAUGAUGACUACGGGGGCGCCGCCUCCAAGUCCAAUAGUACGAAAGCACCCGAUCUCGACGCCCAGCAACCACACCUCAGACCGCCUCCGGAGUCAAAGGUAAGUUGGCUGGUAGAUCUGUCCAAGCCGGCGAGACCGCAAAAGCAGCAAAGCCCAAGGCCACUUCGACAAACACCAGUUCCCCCGCCGAUGAUUCCAGCUCGAACCGUGGCAGUAACGGCUGCGGCCAGACCAGCUCAACGAACUCAACCUCCCAAACCGAACCCUCCAGGUACUAAUGGGAACUUUGUAGUUGCCAUACCGAGCGUUCCACCAACGUCUGCAUACACACCAACAUCCAAUACAGGCACAUUGCAGCGCUCUCCAGCCGUAUCCAACGGCACUAGCUCUACGAACAAAACCAAUAACAAUGCCAACAGUCAAGCCCAGGCGCCUUGCUUCAUCUGCCAGCAACAUCAUGCCCACCUGAGUUGCAUCAAUCUGAAUUCCGAGAUCUCGCUGCGAAUCGCCAUUGAUUCACUCCGAACCUGGCAAGGCAGCAACCAGGCCAUUGUCCAGGCUACUCGAGCAAGUCUUACCAAAAGACUCCGUGAAGUAACCCAAGGAAAGCCGAAGUGAAUAUUCGGGAUUGAUGAUGAGUCAAGCUCUGGGUCAGGAUAUACCAAUUUCCCAGUUGCCCCUUUUGGCCUACAGAGGAAAGUGCGCAUUAGACAGGGCUUUGCUAUUGCAUUUACGGGCAGAGAAGCACCGCAUCAGAGACGAUAUUACUGAGAAUUGAGCCAGAUUUGUUAAUAUCUUUGAUUGGUGCAUGUCUGCUUUGUGACUAUUG